AUGGAUUUACAGGGAAAACAAUAUCUUUCUGAAACGAAAAGUUGUUACAUUUCAUAUGGGAACGAGGGGUCAGAAAACAACCAUUGCCAAACAUUCAUGAUCAUAUUUGACAAUCCACAUGGGCAUAAAACACACCGAAAUGAUUCUUCAAUGUAGGUGAUCAAAGUUGAAGAAAUCUUGAAAUGGACGGACCUGCGCGUGGGGCGAGUAAGACUCCAGCGGAUAGUUUUGUAGGACGGAAGGGUUCGAGUAGAACGUAUUUGAGCCGGAAGGAGUCCGGCUUGAAGAGGGUGAAAUCUACCGUAGAUGAUUUAGAAGAUUGUGACUUGGACACAGAAUUAGAUUUAGCAGAGAGAAAGCGCACCUAUGAUUCCACCGGACAAGUAGCAUAUGAAAAUGCAUGUAUCAAAUUUAAGAUCCCCCAGGCCAACACAUUUCACAGAAAACUGGAACACGCCAAGGAAGUGGACAUGAAGUAUUAUGGGAUAGGACCCAAGGGUGCUCUGGCGUUAGCAAUCCCCCUAGUGAUUAAUACCAAAGUAACUAAACUGAAUCUCCGUGGAAAUUCUCUUGGUGUUGAAGGAGUGGACAAUAUAUGUAGAAUGAUGGAAGAAAACUCCAUUAUCACCGAUCUCGACCUAUCAGAAAAUGACGUGAGCGGUCGCGCCACUAAAAUCAUCGCACAAAUGUUGGUUGUUAACCAAACAAUUCAAAGAUUGACUCUCGAAGAAAACGGUUUAACAGACCAAGACGCAAAGGUGCUAGUUGGACCCGUGGAGGACCAUUCAUCUCUUAUUUACCUAAACCUCAGUCACAAUAACUUUGGAAUACAAUCCGGUAUCUUAUUUCAGAAAAUGAUAGAAAACGGAAUGCUGGAAGAGCUUGACUUGAGCUGGAAUCAAAUACGCGGUGACGGUGCUCUGGCCAUAUGUAGGGGAGUCAAGGAAAACAAUUCUCUGAAGAUUCUUAACAUGUCAUGGAAUGGUCUCGCCGAGGAAGGGGCCAUCAGCAUGGGGCAGGCGCUUCAGGCCAGCCGCACCAUGACUGAGCUAGAUAUCAGCUCCAACAGAAUUAACGAUCAGGGGUUUCUUAUUCUCAUCAAAUCCCUCCGGGACAACGACACACUCAAGACUCUUAAAGUUGGACAAAAUCCUAUUACGGAGGAUGCAGUGCUGGCUGGCCUGGAGGUGCUGAAGGAGAUCGACUCUCUGAAACUAGAGGUGCUGGAACUCAUUGAAAACAUAUACACAAGCAGAGUAGACGAAAAGAUAGAAGAGGUGCAUGAAAAACACGAGAACUUCACUUGUAACCAUGGUUACGCACAUUCUUAUGGAAAACGAAAGCUUAAGGCGUUUGAUGUCGUAGAAGAAGCCAUGACAUUCCUUAAGAACUACAUCGCAGAGCACAACAUGAAUUUAGUGGAGCUUUUUGCCAGUUUUGAUCAAGACGGGAGCAUGAGCGUUACGUAUGAUGAAUUCAAGGAAGGGUUGAAGAUGGCACGAAUUCCUAUGACAGCUCUGCAAGUGGAAUACCUUAUUCAGGGUCUUGACGCGGAUGGCGACGGCGAAAUUGACUUCGGUGAACUUGUUGUUGGCGCGGAAGAACACGACAAAGCUACUAAAGGCAAUUAAAAGAGGGCGCUCCUGGAGUAUUCCAUGUGUCAUGAAGCCAUGUGUUUACAUUAAAAAGCUUUUGCGUGAAAAUUAAAGCAGCGUUGUUGCUAUGAUAAGCCUAUUACUUGCAUUUAGUGUCAUAAAAAUAUCUACAGUUGCUGCUUUCCAAUGUUGAAACACCAUUGUAAAUAAGGGUGAAAUUAAAAUGAGCUUGAUACCGUUACCCUGAGUGUCAGAGCAACGUAAAAGCUA